CUCUUUUCCACGCAUCAUUCUCCUUAAACAUUCUGGAGAACCAGACAGAAAGGAAGUGGGCUUUAUAUAUAUAUAUAUAUACACAUGCAAAUAUCACUUGUGCAUGCGAAUGAACUGUCUUUGCCUUCUGUUAUACAGAUAAGACUAAUCAAAGGAGUUGAAAUUCUAGAGAGAGAAGAAAUCCCAGGGUUGUUUUAGAGAGAAAGAUGGGAGGGUGUUUUUCAGAUGUGAGAGGAGGGAAACAGGCUGUAGGAGUGGGCCUGACGGGCCCCAGUCUGCCUCCCAUGCCUACCAGCGACGCUGCCCUCAACGAUGCUGUUGACCACUUCUUUCGAGCUCGGGGCAUUCAACCACUAUUCACGCAGCUCGAGCUAUCUUUAUCUGGUUCCAAUUUACGUGAUCGUGACAUCAUCUCUAAGAGUGAUCCUAUGGUGGUAGCAUAUACUAAGAAAAGAGAUGGAACACUUGAGGAACUUGGGCGCACAGAAGUAAUAAUGAACAGCUUGGAUCCAGCUUGGAUUGAAAAAAUUACUGUUGCCUAUCAUUUUGAGAUUGUCCAGCCAUUGAUAUUUCAUGUGUAUGAUGUUGAUACAAAAUAUUACAAUUUACCUGUGAAGAUGCUGAAGUUGAAUGAUCAAGAAUUCCUUGGAGAAGGCAGUUGUGUUCUGUCAGAGAUAGUGACUAAACAAGGCCAGAGCUUAACCCUAGAUCUUCAUAACAGAAAUGGGAACAGGGGUUUGAAAAACCUAGGGAAACUCACUGUCCAUGCAGAGGAAACAGUUGCUUCAAGGAAUGCUAUUGAGGUUAUAUUCCAUUGUUCACACUUGGAAAACAAGGACUUGUUCUCUAAAAGUGACCCUUUUUUAAGAAUAUCUAGGAUUGUUGAAAAUGGAGGUUCUGUUCCAAUUUGCAAGACAGAAGUGGUUGAUAACAACUUGAAUCCAAUCUGGAGGCCUCUAUGUCUAACAACGCAGCAAUUUGUUAGCAAGGAUAACCCAUUAGUUAUCGAGUGCUUUGAUUUCAAUAGUAGUGGGAAUCAUGUACUGAUCGGUAAACUUCAGAAAUCAGUGGCAGACCUGGAAAAACUUCAUAAACAAAAAACUGGUGCCAGUUUCAUCUUACCCUCUUCUGCUCAGCAUGGUCAUGAGAAGGUUUUGAAGGGCCAGCUAUUUGUUGAUCAAUUUCGUGAGAAGCAGCUAUACAGUUUUAUUGAUUAUGUUUCUAGUGGAUUGAAUUUAAUUUUAUGGUUGCUGUUGAUUUUACUGUAA